AUGACUUCGAGCAGGACACAUGCAUGCAACGGGAAGCUCCCGUUCAGUGCGCUUCAGGGCACUCUCCUGGGGCAACCGUACAAACCUCCCGACAAAAACACUGCGCCCACUGUCCCUCCCACCAACAGCACUGUUCCCCUGUCCCGGGCUACUCCAACACCUGCUUGGGCACAGGUGGAUCACCGCCCAGUGCCGGCCCCCUACCUGUCCUCCACGUCCCCGCCAUCCCGCUACCUGCCCGCCCGCCCCGGUGCCUCCUCAUUGCCGGUGGAUGCCCGGAACCCCAGUGUGGGGAGUAGACCGAGCCGCAAGCGCCGGGCUCUCCCCUCUCUCCCUCAGCCACCGCGCUCCCUCUCACCGCUGCUGCUGCCGCUCGUCCCUCAGUCAGUCCCGGACUGGCGGCGCCGACCCGAGCCCCAGGUGAAGCGCGGCUUGGCCCCGCCCCCGGCACACGGCCCCGCCCCCCGAACCGCGUCGCAUGGCCCCGCCCCCCGAACCGCGUCGCAUGGCCCCGCCCCCGGCAACACGGCCCCGCGUCGCAUGGCCCCCGCCACACGGCCCCCGCCCCCGGCCACGGUCCCGCCCCCCGAACCGCGUCGCAUGGCCCCGCCCCCCCGAACCGCGUCGCAUGGCCCCGCCCCCGCCAACACGGCCCCGCGUCGCAUGGCCCCGCCACACGGCCCCGCCCCCGGCACACGGUCCCGCCCCCCGGCCCGCGUCGCAUGGCCCCGCCCCCGGCAACACGGCCCCGCGUCGCAUGGCCCCGCCACACGGCCCCACCCUGCCACACGGCCCCGCCCACAAUUACAUCACACGGUCCCGCCCCCGCACGGCCCCGCCUUCACCAGCGUCGCAUGGCCCCGCCCCUGGCAACACGGCCCCGUCCCCGGCCACAAUUACAUCACACGGCCCCGCCCUCACCCGCGUCGCACUUACGUUACCUGA